AUGUUCUUCGCGCGUCCCUGGGACUGCGCCUCCGUCCUCUGCCACCCCUCCCAGCUCUUCCACCUGUCCCCCCGCCCUGUCCGCGGCUCCAAGUCCGGCCUGCUGAAGUGCUUCGUGCGGCGCGAGCCGGCAGCGCACGGCGCUGGCGGCCCCCGCCGCUUCUCCCUGUGGCUGGGCCGGGACCCGACGAGCCCCGGGGCCAACCCGGCGCGCACCCGCUUCCUGCUGGCCGCGCUGCAGAGCAGCCGCUCCGACACCGCCUUCUUCACCAGCGGGCACGCCGACGCGCCGCCCUGCGCGCAGCUGGGCACCAACGUGUUUGCCGCGCGGUACAUCCUGACGGCGGGGCCCAGCCCCCAGGGGGAGGGGCUCCUGGCGGAGCUGCAGUACCGCGCGCGAGUGAAGGGCUUCAUGCAGCCGCGCCGGCUGCAGGUGACCCUGCCGCAGCCGCCCCCCCCUCAGGCCGGCCUGCCGGUGGCGGCGGGGCCCAGCCCCAGGGUGUCGCCCCAGGCGUCCAGCCGCAGCUGGGUCAGCGUUGACUCUGUGGCGUCCCUGGGAGGGGCGGAUGCGCCCCGCUGGGGUACCACCGGCCCAGGAGAGAGGCCGCUCGGCCCCGCACGGAAGACGGGCCCCUCGGCCCGGGAGGAGCAGCAGCAGCCGUCGGGGUCGGGCCGGGUGUCGCGCUUCCUCUUCCGCCUGGCGGCACUGCCGAGCCGCGCGCCGAGGCACCGGCCGCCCGAUUUGUUGCCGGAGGAUGCCGCCCCGAUCCAGCUGCAGAACAAUGCCCCCACUUGGAACUCCGGCCUGAGGUGCUGGUGCCUGAAUUUCCGGGGCCGGGUGAAGCUGGCCUCCGUCAAGAACUUCCAGUUGGUGGACACCCUGAUCCCGGGGGGCCCCGUCAUCAUGCAGUUUGGCAAGGUGGACCAGGACAUUUACAUCUUGGACUUCAACCCCAUGCGCGUCAACGCCCUGCAGGCUUUCGCCGUGGCCCUCUCCACCUUCGACAGCAAGAUCAUGCUCUGA